AUGCCAAUUAUCCCUGCAGUGGAUUUUGUUUCACAGUAUUACCUUCCUUUUAUUGAAAAAACCCAAAUUAAUAACAAUGGACAUGCCAAUCAAGUUUUUCCAAAAGUUUGGAUAUUCUCUUCAAAUGAUGUAGAUUCCCUUUGUACUAGCAAUAUUCUUAUCAAUCAGUUUUUUAAGCAUGAUGAGAUACAAUGUAUGCUAAACUGUGUUACUCACUAUAAUGAAAUCUCUAAGAUUCUACAGGAAUAUAAAGAUUAUCCAAAUCAGAGAGAGUUUGUGGAUAUAUGCGUAUUAGUAAAUUUGGGAGCUAUGGUGAAUAUUCUACACUCUCUUAAACUUUGGCUCGGACAAGAUUUGGAAAUUUGGAUUUUUGAUUUCCAUAGGCCUGUAAUAGAUGAAUUAAUGCUUUCUAUUGGAGGGGAGUACAACAACAAUGUAUUGAUCCUUUCUGCUCAAGAAUACAAUUUCUUGGUAAAUAGUAAAAGUGGUAGGAAGAAAUCACGUAGGAAUAACUCAAGUCUAACUGACGAACAAAUCAAUGAACCUUGCUCUUCAACAUUUUCUUCUAAUAAUCCUUUUGCCUCAUUAUCUCAAACAAUUGAUGAUUUAGAUAUGUUGAUGGGAACUUCAAAUGCAGACUCCCAAAGCUACAAUGAACAAAUCGAAGAUGAGGUAGACGAGCUUUUUGGAGAGUACUGCGGAGAUCCAAGCAGUCUUGUGGUUCUUCAAACUUUGGAUAAUUCAAUAACUUCAGAGAGAAUAGACGGAAAUGUUUUAUGGUACUCUUCAAUUGGAAUCAGUUGGUGCUAUAUUAAUAGGUAUAUUGAACUACUGGAUUAUGAGAUUUACUUUGAUUUGUUAAAUGGAAUUCUUUCAAAAUAUACGGGAGAGAUGAGUAAUCUGAACUCAAACAAAAGUAGUAGUAGAAAAUACUGGCCAAAAUACAUCAAGAAUGAUCUUUCAAUCCCACUUUAUCGCCAUUGGAAUCUACUUGAUUCAGUAUGCCAUAGUGAAUAUUUAUAUUCAAGAAUGGGUUUAUGGAAAACUGAAAACAGUAGGGAUUCAAUAAUGAAUAGGAGAGUUGCUUCUGGAAUUUCUCUAAAGGAUUUCACAAGUAAAUUUUAUCUUCUAGAGAGGGAAUUGUCAAAAAAAGUGGUUCAGGAUUUCCCAAAAGGAUUUUCAGGAUUUGAAAGUGGAUCAGAAACUACAUCACUAUCUCUACAGAUUCCAGUGUUUCUAAAGUAUUUACCAUCUCUAGUAUUGGACUCAGAACUACAUCCUCACCUUUCGUCCCUUGACAUGGCUCAGGUCCUCCAUACUAUACUGACAAAUGAUUGCAGAUUAGUAGAUAAUGUUGAAAGCUUUAUGGACGCAAUAGUUUCAUCGGGAGCUUUGAAUAGGAUGGAUUUAAAAAAUAAUACAGGAACAGAGAAAUCGAUAAAUGAAGAGAAAAACAAUGAGAAGGAGAACUUUCAACUAAAUCAGAUUCUUGGUAAAGACCAAAAAAUGCAGCUUUUAUUUAGAGAUAGUUUCAGAGUAGGGUUACAACUCCUAGAUUUGUCAGGAACAGACCUUAACCAAAUUAAUGUAUUUCAAGGCCAUUCUUGGAAACAGCUAAAAUGCUAUGUUGAAGAAACAAAGAUUUUGAUUUCACUAAAAUUAAAGUAUGUUAAAAUGCUACUGUCCUCAUCAAUAAAUGGGGGAACUCUGAUAAAGCACAACUAUUUUACUCUUGCUGAGCUGAAUGAUAUAGAAAUUUCUCAUCCUUUAAAUCUAAGAACUAUUGGCCACUCUAUUAUUGACAUUAUUUCUAGAAACCGUGAUCUCCAAGAUAAGCUUGUGAUAAUCUCGAAAAAUAGCUCCAAUAAGGUUGCUACAAUAGUUGGAAUUACUCCGGGUUAUGAUAGCAAUUCUCCAAAUUUGUUUGGAGCAAUUUUCUCCAAAGUAAUUGACAUUAUUUUAGAGGAAGGUCAAGGCCUUCUGGGAGAGGAUCACUUCUUUGUCCAAGACGAGUUUGAUUUUUCUAUUUUGAGAAUUCAUUCAAAUUUUCUUGAUCAAUUUACUUCAAAUCUUUUCAAAUAUAUUGAAAACAGUAAGCAUAUAUUGUCUAAUACAAUAUAA